GCCACCCGGAAGCGUUUCGAUAACAACAACAGCGGUUAGCAUGUAGCAGUCCGAGGAGUCGUCAGGUUUAUUCUUUUAAAUGUUAUACUUCGAUUACAUCCACCUAAAUGUCACAUAUUAUAUUAAUAUAUAAUAUUACCGCAACAAACGCGUCGUACUCGCUGUAGUUAACGUUUGCUUGUUGUCUGAAGCUGGAGGUAGAAACAGUGAAACACCACUUUAAGGUGUCACUGAGCAGGUCAAAGUAUGGCUGACGACCCUCAGAGAAACUUCCGCUCUGCAUAUUAUGAGAAGGUGGGCUUCAGAGGAGUGGAGGAGAAGAAAUCACUGGAGAUACUGCUCAAGGAUAAUCCUCUGGAUCUAGAAAAGCUGAGCACCUUCAGUCAGAGGUUCCCCCUCCCCUCCAUGUACAGGAUCCACGUGUGGAAGGUGUUGUUGGGCAUCCUACCUCCCCACAGUGACUCUCACACUCGGGUUGGAGGCUACAGGAAGGAGCAGUACCAGGACAUCCUGGAGGCUCUGGAGGUAAUGAGAUACAUCAACUCUUCCACACCCGCCACCCACGUCUACCUGCGCAUGUUCCAGCUGGAGAGCCAGGUGCUCCCACGGUGCUCCGAGACCUCCGCCCCGGAUGAAGAGAACGAGGACUUCCUCUCCAUCAGUCGAGCCAUGGAGGAGAUCGUAGAUGAUCCCAUCGACUGCUACUGGCUGAUCAAGUGUUUCGUCAAUCAGUUCCACACAAAGUUUGGAGACUCCGUUCCCCACCUGCCGAAGAGCCUGGAGCAUUAUCUGAGUCAGGAGGAGCCUCGGCUGCUGAACCAUCUGAAGAACAGCGGAUCCCUGACUCAGCUGCCCUACGGCCUCUGGUUCAGACGCUGCUUCGCUGGCUGCCUGCCCGAAUCCAGCCUGCAGAGGGUGUGGGACAAGGUGAUCAGUGGCUCCUGUAAGAUCCUGGUGUUUGUGGCCCUGGAGAUUCUGCUCAGCUACAAGAUCAAACUGUUGGGCAUCAACCGGCCUGAAGGCGUCGUCAAGAUUCUGUGCAACAUACCGCAGGAAAACACAGACGCCAUUGUGACUAAAGCCAUCGACUUGUGGCACAAAUAUUGCGGCACUCCGAUGCACGCUGUGUAGCCACACGGAGCUCCACACACACCUACAGGGGAACUACUUUCCCAGGAUGCACCUCUUAACUCCUCUGAGAGACUAACAGACUGUGGCGUUCGGUGUCAGUGGGGAUUCAUCUCUGCAUGACUGAACCGAAAACUCAUCACAGGCAACUUUCAGUAAGCCCGAGGAGCCGGGAGCCACUCUUUAUAUCGACAAGACGAUUCCCAGCUUUCAGCAGAGCACGUGGAAAGAAAUCGACUGCAUGAACACUGGAAACAGCUGCUACACGGAGCGGAUGCAAAGAAAAGAAACCUGUUUGGAAAAAGGCAAGGAAGCAUAAACUUAUUUUUUUAAUAAGUUUCUUUCUUUAAGAAACUGCAUACAUCAUAGAAGACUCACAAUAAAUUAAUACUCACAUGCAGUUUUUUCUGCUUUACAAAAAAAACAUUUGAAAAGUCUCGCUUACUUUCUUUACUAUGUACAAGUCUUAUAAUUCUGAGAAUAUUUUUCUCCCAAAACAUUUUUAAACAUACAAGAGACAGUCAUAUUACUGACGCUUGUACAUACAUACACACACACACUCAGACACACAGUCAUAACACACACAACAGAUCAACCAGUUCUCCCAAUAAUAUGGUCAGAAACCACCAAUUCAUGAACCUAACGUGGACUGUAAACAAUAAAAAACUCAUGUGGCAGGGUUUUCAUAUUCUGUACCGCCAAAGGUUCAUCUCAGACAAUAAAAAAUGAAAUAAAAAGUCUUCUUUCUUGUAGUUUGGCAGAGAGUUCGGCAACAUUUUACUGUGUCUACAGAUAAUAUUCUGUAUCAAAUGAAACUAGUUAAUUUGGCAACUUUUAAAUCCCUGUGUAAACAAUACUGUAGGCACAGUGACACAGUGCGUUACUGAACUCUCAACAGCAGUCACUCUGGGAUGCAUUCAAGAUCGCGACUUCCACAGCAAGUCAAGUUGCUUUGGUUUAAAAUGGCCGUCUGAAAAGGGUUUCUGAGCUCUUGAAUGCAGCCCAUAAACACGGACAAAUGAGGAGAAAAUCUGAAAUUAUUGCUCGGUUGAUUGGUGUGAAAGUGUUAGAGGAUAUUUGUUUUACUGUUACUGGCUUGCAGAGAGAAUUUGGGGAUUUUGAUUCGGAUUUUAGGAGAUUUUGGCUUAAGAUUCAGCUGCCUGCAACAGCAUAAGCUGUUAUAAAUAUUUUAAUUCCUCUGGCUAAAUGAGAUAAACGAUCAUCGAGUUGUCGUCUGUGGAGUAACAUUGUGCCAACACAAGCGCGCCCCCCAGGAAAGAUUAAGUCCAGCUGAGAACACGGUGAAAGGCAAGAAAACAAUCCCUGUGUAAAAAAACAGAAAAAUGAAGUCCCAUCUUCACCUCCUACCGUUCCCAUCCUCCAAAUCGGCACAGAUUGUGUUUGACUCCCAAAAGCAAAGUAAACAAAUCGCCACCUCUUCCUCAU